AUGGAGAUGGCGGAAGAUGCAAAAGGGAAGCACAGCGCUUGGAUUUCCCUUAAAGACAAGCUCCGGCGUGCCGUAUGCUUCUCCUGCUGCUUCCGCCGUCCAGCGCUGGACUCGCCGUCGUCCGACGACCGGCCUAGCCUUCCACGAGCGUCGUCCAUGUGGCCGAUGUCGCGAUCGCACGAGCCGCCCCCGGAGAUCAAAUACAAGUGCCGCCGUCUGAUCAACAAGAUCCGACGCCACAGUAAUCGCCGCAAGCACUCCCCGUCGGCCGACUUCUGCUACGAUCCAAUUAGCUACUCUCUGAAUUUCGACGAUGACGCUCUUCUCCGGAACCUCUCUACUAGUGCGGCCAUGUCGCCGUCGCCGUCACCGCCGAAGGCUGUGCCAGAGUAGGAUAAGCUCUUGAAGCCUGCUGUACAGGCGCCAGAAGUCACGUGCGCUUAGGAAUUGAUAUCUUUUCUUGCUGAGAGAGGUCUGUGAAACGUAAGUCGGUUUGAUAAUUGCUAUAGCAGUAGGCGUGUUUGAGAGUUUGGAGAUUCUGUAAUACCGAACGUGAAGUUUCAUUGAGAGAUUUUUCCCGUC